GAGCACCAGGCACUGAGUACCAAGUACCGAGCACUGAGCACUGAAUACUCGGUACUCAGUACUUACACCGAGCACCAAGCACCAAGCACCACACACCAAGCACCAAGCACUGGGCACCGGGCACCGGGCACCAAGCACCGAGCACCAGGCACCAAGCACCGGGCACUGGGCACCAGGCACCGAGCACCGAGCACUGAAUACUCAGUACUCGGCACUCGGUACUUAGUACUCAGUUCCUGGCACCAGGCACUGGGCACCAAGUACCGAGCACCAAGCACUGAAUACUCAGUACUCAGUACUUGGUACUCAACUGAGCACCGAGCACCGAGCACUGAGUACCGAGCACCGAGCACCGAGCACUGA